AUGGCCGAGGCCGAAGCUGUGUACCGCUACGAGUCCGGAAACAUCGCGCAUGCUCCCAAGAAGGAUUACGGUCCUUUAGACUUCACUGGAAAGCUGGCAGGAGGCCUGCGACUCGACAUCCGCAGGCGAGCACCGCUCUACUGCAGUGAUUGGACGGAUGCCUUCAAACCGGAGAACUUCCAGAAAUCGGUAUCGUCCAUCUUGUAUCUGUUCAUCGCAGCCCUUGCUCCUGCGAUUACCUUCGGCAGUCGGUUCCUUGACGGCACGAACGGCCAGUUCGGAGUGAUGGAAAUGAUCAUGAGUACAUGUAUCAGCGGUUUGAUCUUCUCGACGUUUUCCGGCCAGCCCCUUUCCAUCUUGGGAGCUGCCGGCCCGUUCUUGGCCUACACGCUUGUCGUCUAUGAUCUGGCAGUCGCGGUGGACGUGGAGUUCAUGCCAUUUUACUUCUGGACAUGCAUGUGGUGCUCCCUCUUCACUGUCUUGGUGGCGGUCUUCGACUUGUGUGCGCUCAUGAAGCACGUCACGAUGUUCAGCGAAGACAUCUUCGCUGGAUUGAUCUCGCUCAUCUUCAUCAUCGAUGGAGCCCGGCCGAUCAUCGAGAAUUUCACGGAAAGCAGGUUGUUUGUUCGGGGAGCACUCACGCUGCCCGUCUGUGCUGUGCUGGGCCUGCCUUUGUCCGUGGCCUCCACGGUGCCGAGCAUCACCCAUGUGAUCUCGUUGACCACUUACGAGGUGAAGCAACUUCCGGAAGGUGAGCGCAAGGUGCCUACGAAGGUGGUGGAGCAGCGCGCCACUAACUUCUU